ACCAUGUAACGUUUGUACUACUUCCUUAGUUACAAAGAAAAUAAACUGUGCAUUGAAUUUGCACUUAUUAAAGGGACCAUCAACCAUGAUUUGUUAUAAGUUUUAAGAACCCAAAGCUUUAAAUUAGCAUAAAUAAAUAAUAAUCAAAAGAUUUAAAGGAAAAUUUAUCUAGAAAGACUUUCAAUAUGAUGGUAUCACAAAGAAUCCCUCGUACAAGGGAGUACAGAGGGAUCCAACCAAACUCAGUUGCAAUCAGAGCCAAACAGCCUCUAAAAGUGUCUCCAGACUGGCAAAUAAGAAAGAACAAUGAAAUUGCAGCUCAGUUUAUCGACAAGGAAAAGCAAGUUAAAGAGGAAAGAGCUAAAAGUCUCCGAACAGACUUUGAAACCUUAGGAGAAAGACGGUUGUUGUAUCUUAAUAUAAAAAAUAGGAUAAAGAAUCUUAGUGAAGCUACUGAGUACAAUUUGGAAUGUAGGAGAGAUAGAUUACGAACACUUCUGGCUUCUGAGGAAGAAUGUUAUCUUAAAGAAAUUGAAGAUAAACAAGAAACAGUGCUGGAAAGACAAGCAAAGAUGAGAGAAAGAGCUAAAUUUCUUAAGGAUAAAAGAGAAUCUGAACGUCUUGCAUUAGUUCAAGAAAAAUAUGACCAACAGUUCAGGUCACAAUGUGAAGAGCUACGUUCAACUCUGAGCAAACGGCACCAAGAUCAAGUAUGUCUUGACCGUCUUGAACAACUGAGACAAAAGGAGGAAAUUGCCCAAGAAGAGAAAGCCUUAGCAGAUAUGUAUGAUAAACUGUGGGAACAGGAUAUGUUAGAAAAAGCAGCCAGAGAGGAAAGAGAAGCAAAAGAUCUUUUGGAAAGAAAUCGUGGUGUGGUUGAUGUACUAAAAAAACAGAUGGCAGCAUUAGAAGCUCAAAAAGAGGAAGCCAAACGUCUGAAAGAAGAAGAAGCACAACUUUUGAAAGAACAAAAGGCUAUAUGGAAGAUGGAGGAUGAAAUAGCUCACCAAGAGAAAGUCCGCAAACAACAAGAAAUGAGAGAUAUGCUUGAACAUUCACGAGCAUUUAAAGCUAGAAAGAAGGCUAAAGAGGAGCAAGAACAAAUGGCUUUUGACUUGAAAAUGCUUGAACAACUGCUUGAAGAAUCUCGCAAUGAAGUCAUAGAAACAACACAAAGAAAGAGAGAGCUAAGAGAAGAGGACCGACGGUUUAGAGAAUAUCUACGACAGCUAAUGGAAGAAGAAAAGGCAAGAGAAAAAGAACUUGAAAAAAUGAUUCAACAUGAGAUUGAGGCAGCAUGGGACAAACGAAUUGAGCAGUGGCGCAAAGAAAGACAAGCAAGAAAACUACUGUUGGAUGAUGUAAUGGCUGGCAGGGCUAGGCAAAUACAAGAAAGAUUACUUGAAAAUGAGCGUCAGCAAAAAGAAGCUGCACGUGACAGAGAGGAAUUGCAGCGCCGCAUUGCAGAAAAUCAGAAAUUUGAAGCAGAGCAAGCAGCAAAACGUUGGCAGGCUAACGUAAAUUACCAGAAUGACCUUGUUCACCAAAUGGCUUACAAUACUAAACUUCGAGAGGAAGGACGAGCUCAAGAGAUUGAUGAAUAUAUGAAAGCACAACAGACUGAGAUUGAAUUUCAGUCUCGUAUAAAACAGGUUCUUGAUAAUCCAAUUCAUGACAAACUACAUCCCAUGAGGAAAGCAAUGCUACACAAUUUGAAUCUCUCUUAAAGAAAUUAACAUAAUUGUUAAAUACAACAACUUUGGAUAUGCUUCAUUGUUAGUUGUUUUAAUUUAGAUGAAAUUUUAAAUUCACAAAGUAAUUUAAUUAGUAUGAUAACUAAACAUGAAAUGUUUUCUAUAAAUGUUCUAUUGUUUACUUGUGUUCAACUGCUGUGUACUUAUUAAGACAUUUCACUAAACACACCUACAGUUAUGUUUUAUAGAUGAGUGCAGUUGUUUCUCAAAGUGAUAUAAUAAUACUGCAUACAUUUUCAGUAUUAAAAAUUGUUACCAGUGAAAAUGGUAACUAUACAAAAAUGUACUAAAAAAUUUUUUUACCUUUCAGCUAUUAACUGUUUUCUAAAAAUAUAUUUUUUAUUACAUGACACUUGUCAUACACACUAAGAUUGAAAAAAUGGUUCAAGUAGACUUAAAGGAUUCAAUUUUACUUUAUAUUUACACAACAUAUUAAUUUACUAUUUUUUAGUCACUUUUGUAAGAGAAAAUAUUUUUAGAUAACUAGUUUACAAUGCUGCUGUAUGCAAUGAUACUUGUAGACAUUUAUCAAUAUUUUGGUGUCUGAAUUUUUUUAUAAAAACUUUUUAAAAUUUAUUUUGAGUAAAGAUAAAUUUAUUUUUUAGCAUCAGCUAUUUGUUGUUAAUGAAUUCAAAAUUAAAAGGAAAAUGAUUGUUUAUCUUACAGAUUUGUACAUUUGUUACACUUUUUCAAUUUUUCAUUCAUUAAUACUUUGCAGAUGUUUUUUCUAAAUUUUGUAAUGAACCUGUCAGUGUCACUGGCGUGAUGUAAGACCCAAAAUUUUAAUCUUGGUUUAAAAUUACCAGAGAAUGUUAAUGCAUUAUCUAAUGAUUCUGUAAAAGCCAAUUUUGGUUGACGAUUAAAUGCAUAUAGCAGU